AUGUCCCUCACCUCAACAGUCCCUCACCUCAACAGUCCCUCACCUCAACAGUCCCUCACCUCAAAAGUCCCUCACCUCCCUCACCUCAACAGUCCCUCACCUCAACAGUCCCUCACCUCAACAGUCCCUCACCUCAACAGUCCCUCACCUCAACAGUCCCUCACCUCAACAGUCCCUCACCUCAACAGUCCCUCACCUCAACAGUCCCUCACCUCAACAGUCCCUCACCUCAACAGUCCCUCACCUCAACAGUCCCUCACCUCAACAGUCCCUCACCUCAACAGUCCCUCACCUCAACAGUCCCUCACCUCAACAGUCCCUCACCUCAACAGUCCCUCACCUCAACAGUCCCUCACCUCAACAGUCCCUCACCUCAACAGUCCCUCACCUCAACAGUCCCUCACCUCAACAGUCCCUCACCUCAACAGUCCCUCACCUCAACAGUCCCUCACCUCAACAGUCCCUCACCUCAACAGUCCCUCACCUCAACAGUCCCUCACCUCAACAGUCCCUCACCUCAACAGUCCCUCACCUCAACAGUCCCUCACCUCAACAGUCCCUCACCUCAACAGUCCCUCACCUCAACAGUCCCUCACCUCAACAGUCCCUCACCUCAACAGUCCCUCACCUCAACAGUCCCUCACCUCAACAGUCCCUCACCUCAACAGUCCCUCACCUCAACAGUCCCUCACCUCAACAGUCCCUCACCUCAACAGUCCCUCACCUCAACAGUCCCUCACCUCAACAGUCCCUCACCUCAACAGUCCCUCACCUCAACAGUCCCUCACCUCAACAGUCCCUCACCUCAACAGUCCCUCACCUCAACAGUCCCUCACCUCAACAGUCCCUCACCUCAACAGUCCCUCACCUCAACAGUCCCUCACCUCAACAGUCCCUCACCUCAACAGUCCCUCACCUCAACAGUCCCUCACCUCAACAGUCCCUCACCUCAACAGUCCCUCACCUCAACAGUCCCUCACCUCAACAGUCCCUCACCUCAACAGUCCCUCACCUCAACAGUCCCUCACCUCAACAGUCCCUCACCUCAACAGUCCCUCACCUCAACAGUCCCUCACCUCAACAGUCCCUCACCUCAACAGUCCCUCACCUCAACAGUCCCUCACCUCAACAGUCCCUCACCUCAACAGUCCCUCACCUCAACAGUCCCUCACCUCAACAGUCCCUCACCUCAACAGUCCCUCACCUCAACAGUCCCUCACCUCAACAGUCCCUCACCUCAACAGUCCCUCACCUCAACAGUCCCUCACCUCAACAGUCCCUCACCUCAACAGUCCCUCACCUCAACAGUCCCUCACCUCAACAGUCCCUCACCUCAACAGUCCCUCACCUCAACAGUCCCUCACCUCAACAGUCCCUCACCUCAACAGUCCCUCACCUCAACAGUCCCUCACCUCAACAGUCCCUCACCUCAACAGUCCCUCACCUCAACAGUCCCUCACCUCAACAGUCCCUCACCUCAACAGUCCCUCACCUCAACAGUCCCUCACCUCAACAGUCCCUCACCUCAACAGUCCCUCACCUCAACAGUCCCUCACCUCAACAGUCCCUCACCUCAACAGUCCCUCACCUCAACAGUCCCUCACCUCAACAGUCCCUCACCUCAACAGUCCCUCACCUCAACAGUCCCUCACCUCAACAGUCCCUCACCUCAACAGUCCCUCACCUCAACAGUCCCUCACCUCAACAGUCCCUCACCUCAACAGUCCCUCACCUCAACAGUCCCUCACCUCAACAGUCCCUCACCUCAACAGUCCCUCACCUCAACAGUCCCUCACCUCAACAGUCCCUCACCUCAACAGUCCCUCACCUCAACAGUCCCUCACCUCAACAGUCCCUCACCUCAACAGUCCCUCACCUCAACAGUCCCUCACCUCAACAGUCCCUCACCUCAACAGUCCCUCACCUCAACAGUCCCUCACCUCAACAGUCCCUCACCUCAACAGUCCCUCACCUCAACAGUCCCUCACCUCAACAGUCCCUCACCUCAACAGUCCCUCACCUCAACAGUCCCUCACCUCAACAGUCCCUCACCUCAACAGUCCCUCACCUCAACAGUCCCUCACCUCAACAGUCCCUCACCUCAACAGUCCCUCACCUCAACAGUCCCUCACCUCAACAGUCCCUCACCUCAACAGUCCCUCACCUCAACAGUCCCUCACCUCAACAGUCCCUCACCUCAACAGUCCCUCACCUCAACAGUCCCUCACCUCAACAGUCCCUCACCUCAACAGUCCCUCACCUCAACAGUCCCUCACCUCAACAGUCCCUCACCUCAACAGUCCCUCACCUCAACAGUCCCUCACCUCAACAGUCCCUCACCUCAACAGUCCCUCACCUCAACAGUCCCUCACCUCAACAGUCCCUCACCUCAACAGUCCCUCACCUCAACAGUCCCUCACCUCAACAGUCCCUCACCUCAACAGUCCCUCACCUCAACAGUCCCUCACCUCAACAGUCCCUCACCUCAACAGUCCCUCACCUCAACAGUCCCUCACCUCAACAGUCCCUCACCUCAACAGUCCCUCACCUCAACAGUCCCUCACCUCAACAGUCCCUCACCUCAACAGUCCCUCACCUCAACAGUCCCUCACCUCAACAGUCCCUCACCUCAACAGUCCCUCACCUCAACAGUCCCUCACCUCAACAGUCCCUCACCUCAACAGUCCCUCACCUCAACAGUCCCUCACCUCAACAGUCCCUCACCUCAACAGUCCCUCACCUCAACAGUCCCUCACCUCAACAGUCCCUCACCUCAACAGUCCCUCACCUCAACAGUCCCUCACCUCAACAGUCCCUCACCUCAACAGUCCCUCACCUCAACAGUCCCUCACCUCAACAGUCCCUCACCUCAACAGUCCCUCACCUCAACAGUCCCUCACCUCAACAGUCCCUCACCUCAACAGUCCCUCACCUCAACAGUCCCUCACCUCAACAGUCCCUCACCUCAACAGUCCCUCACCUCAACAGUCCCUCACCUCAACAGUCCCUCACCUCAACAGUCCCUCACCUCAACAGUCCCUCACCUCAACAGUCCCUCACCUCAACAGUCCCUCACCUCAACAGUCCCUCACCUCAACAGUCCCUCACCUCAACAGUCCCUCACCUCAACAGUCCCUCACCUCAACAGUCCCUCACCUCAACAGUCCCUCACCUCAACAGUCCCUCACCUCAACAGUCCCUCACCUCAACAGUCCCUCACCUCAACAGUCCCUCACCUCAACAGUCCCUCACCUCAACAGUCCCUCACCUCAACAGUCCCUCACCUCAACAGUCCCUCACCUCAACAGUCCCUCACCUCAACAGUCCCUCACCUCAACAGUCCCUCACCUCAACAGUCCCUCACCUCAACAGUCCCUCACCUCAACAGUCCCUCACCUCAACAGUCCCUCACCUCAACAGUCCCUCACCUCAACAGUCCCUCACCUCAACAGUCCCUCACCUCAACAGUCCCUCACCUCAACAGUCCCUCACCUCAACAGUCCCUCACCUCAACAGUCCCUCACCUCAACAGUCCCUCACCUCAACAGUCCCUCACCUCAACAGUCCCUCACCUCAACAGUCCCUCACCUCAACAGUCCCUCACCUCAACAGUCCCUCACCUCAACAGUCCCUCACCUCAACAGUCCCUCACCUCAACAGUCCCUCACCUCAACAGUCCCUCACCUCAACAGUCCCUCACCUCAACAGUCCCUCACCUCAACAGUCCCUCACCUCAACAGUCCCUCACCUCAACAGUCCCUCACCUCAACAGUCCCUCACCUCAACAGUCCCUCACCUCAACAGUCCCUCACCUCAACAGUCCCUCACCUCAACAGUCCCUCACCUCAACAGUCCCUCACCUCAACAGUCCCUCACCUCAACAGUCCCUCACCUCAACAGUCCCUCACCUCAACAGUCCCUCACCUCAACAGUCCCUCACCUCAACAGUCCCUCACCUCAACAGUCCCUCACCUCAACAGUCCCUCACCUCAACAGUCCCUCACCUCAACAGUCCCUCACCUCAACAGUCCCUCACCUCAACAGUCCCUCACCUCAACAGUCCCUCACCUCAACAGUCCCUCACCUCAACAGUCCCUCACCUCAACAGUCCCUCACCUCAACAGUCCCUCACCUCAACAGUCCCUCACCUCAACAGUCCCUCACCUCAACAGUCCCUCACCUCAACAGUCCCUCACCUCAACAGUCCCUCACCUCAACAGUCCCUCACCUCAACAGUCCCUCACCUCAACAGUCCCUCACCUCAACAGUCCCUCACCUCAACAGUCCCUCACCUCAACAGUCCCUCACCUCAACAGUCCCUCACCUCAACAGUCCCUCACCUCAACAGUCCCUCACCUCAACAGUCCCUCACCUCAACAGUCCCUCACCUCAACAGUCCCUCACCUCAACAGUCCCUCACCUCAACAGUCCCUCACCUCAACAGUCCCUCACCUCAACAGUCCCUCACCUCAACAGUCCCUCACCUCAACAGUCCCUCACCUCAACAGUCCCUCACCUCAACAGUCCCUCACCUCAACAGUCCCUCACCUCAACAGUCCCUCACCUCAACAGUCCCUCACCUCAACAGUCCCUCACCUCAACAGUCCCUCACCUCAACAGUCCCUCACCUCAACAGUCCCUCACCUCAACAGUCCCUCACCUCAACAGUCCCUCACCUCAACAGUCCCUCACCUCAACAGUCCCUCACCUCAACAGUCCCUCACCUCAACAGUCCCUCACCUCAACAGUCCCUCACCUCAACAGUCCCUCACCUCAACAGUCCCUCACCUCAACAGUCCCUCACCUCAACAGUCCCUCACCUCAACAGUCCCUCACCUCAACAGUCCCUCACCUCAACAGUCCCUCACCUCAACAGUCCCUCACCUCAACAGUCCCUCACCUCAACAGUCCCUCACCUCAACAGUCCCUCACCUCAACAGUCCCUCACCUCAACAGUCCCUCACCUCAACAGUCCCUCACCUCAACAGUCCCUCACCUCAACAGUCCCUCACCUCAACAGUCCCUCACCUCAACAGUCCCUCACCUCAACAGUCCCUCACCUCAACAGUCCCUCACCUCAACAGUCCCUCACCUCAACAGUCCCUCACCUCAACAGUCCCUCACCUCAACAGUCCCUCACCUCAACAGUCCCUCACCUCAACAGUCCCUCACCUCAACAGUCCCUCACCUCAACAGUCCCUCACCUCAACAGUCCCUCACCUCAACAGUCCCUCACCUCAACAGUCCCUCACCUCAACAGUCCCUCACCUCAACAGUCCCUCACCUCAACAGUCCCUCACCUCAACAGUCCCUCACCUCAACAGUCCCUCACCUCAACAGUCCCUCACCUCAACAGUCCCUCACCUCAACAGUCCCUCACCUCAACAGUCCCUCACCUCAACAGUCCCUCACCUCAACAGUCCCUCACCUCAACAGUCCCUCACCUCAACAGUCCCUCACCUCAACAGUCCCUCACCUCAACAGUCCCUCACCUCAACAGUCCCUCACCUCAACAGUCCCUCACCUCAACAGUCCCUCACCUCAACAGUCCCUCACCUCAACAGUCCCUCACCUCAACAGUCCCUCACCUCAACAGUCCCUCACCUCAACAGUCCCUCACCUCAACAGUCCCUCACCUCAACAGUCCCUCACCUCAACAGUCCCUCACCUCAACAGUCCCUCACCUCAACAGUCCCUCACCUCAACAGUCCCUCACCUCAACAGUCCCUCACCUCAACAGUCCCUCACCUCAACAGUCCCUCACCUCAACAGUCCCUCACCUCAACAGUCCCUCACCUCAACAGUCCCUCACCUCAACAGUCCCUCACCUCAACAGUCCCUCACCUCAACAGUCCCUCACCUCAACAGUCCCUCACCUCAACAGUCCCUCACCUCAACAGUCCCUCACCUCAACAGUCCCUCACCUCAACAGUCCCUCACCUCAACAGUCCCUCACCUCAACAGUCCCUCACCUCAACAGUCCCUCACCUCAACAGUCCCUCACCUCAACAGUCCCUCACCUCAACAGUCCCUCACCUCAACAGUCCCUCACCUCAACAGUCCCUCACCUCAACAGUCCCUCACCUCAACAGUCCCUCACCUCAACAGUCCCUCACCUCAACAGUCCCUCACCUCAACAGUCCCUCACCUCAACAGUCCCUCACCUCAACAGUCCCUCACCUCAACAGUCCCUCACCUCAACAGUCCCUCACCUCAACAGUCCCUCACCUCAACAGUCCCUCACCUCAACAGUCCCUCACCUCAACAGUCCCUCACCUCAACAGUCCCUCACCUCAACAGUCCCUCACCUCAACAGUCCCUCACCUCAACAGUCCCUCACCUCAACAGUCCCUCACCUCAACAGUCCCUCACCUCAACAGUCCCUCACCUCAACAGUCCCUCACCUCAACAGUCCCUCACCUCAACAGUCCCUCACCUCAACAGUCCCUCACCUCAACAGUCCCUCACCUCAACAGUCCCUCACCUCAACAGUCCCUCACCUCAACAGUCCCUCACCUCAACAGUCCCUCACCUCAACAGUCCCUCACCUCAACAGUCCCUCACCUCAACAGUCCCUCACCUCAACAGUCCCUCACCUCAACAGUCCCUCACCUCAACAGUCCCUCACCUCAACAGUCCCUCACCUCAACAGUCCCUCACCUCAACAGUCCCUCACCUCAACAGUCCCUCACCUCAACAGUCCCUCACCUCAACAGUCCCUCACCUCAACAGUCCCUCACCUCAACAGUCCCUCACCUCAACAGUCCCUCACCUCAACAGUCCCUCACCUCAACAGUCCCUCACCUCAACAGUCCCUCACCUCAACAGUCCCUCACCUCAACAGUCCCUCACCUCAACAGUCCCUCACCUCAACAGUCCCUCACCUCAACAGUCCCUCACCUCAACAGUCCCUCACCUCAACAGUCCCUCACCUCAACAGUCCCUCACCUCAACAGUCCCUCACCUCAACAGUCCCUCACCUCAACAGUCCCUCACCUCAACAGUCCCUCACCUCAACAGUCCCUCACCUCAACAGUCCCUCACCUCAACAGUCCCUCACCUCAACAGUCCCUCACCUCAACAGUCCCUCACCUCAACAGUCCCUCACCUCAACAGUCCCUCACCUCAACAGUCCCUCACCUCAACAGUCCCUCACCUCAACAGUCCCUCACCUCAACAGUCCCUCACCUCAACAGUCCCUCACCUCAACAGUCCCUCACCUCAACAGUCCCUCACCUCAACAGUCCCUCACCUCAACAGUCCCUCACCUCAACAGUCCCUCACCUCAACAGUCCCUCACCUCAACAGUCCCUCACCUCAACAGUCCCUCACCUCAACAGUCCCUCACCUCAACAGUCCCUCACCUCAACAGUCCCUCACCUCAACAGUCCCUCACCUCAACAGUCCCUCACCUCAACAGUCCCUCACCUCAACAGUCCCUCACCUCAACAGUCCCUCACCUCAACAGUCCCUCACCUCAACAGUCCCUCACCUCAACAGUCCCUCACCUCAACAGUCCCUCACCUCAACAGUCCCUCACCUCAACAGUCCCUCACCUCAACAGUCCCUCACCUCAACAGUCCCUCACCUCAACAGUCCCUCACCUCAACAGUCCCUCACCUCAACAGUCCCUCACCUCAACAGUCCCUCACCUCAACAGUCCCUCACCUCAACAGUCCCUCACCUCAACAGUCCCUCACCUCAACAGUCCCUCACCUCAACAGUCCCUCACCUCAACAGUCCCUCACCUCAACAGUCCCUCACCUCAACAGUCCCUCACCUCAACAGUCCCUCACCUCAACAGUCCCUCACCUCAACAGUCCCUCACCUCAACAGUCCCUCACCUCAACAGUCCCUCACCUCAACAGUCCCUCACCUCAACAGUCCCUCACCUCAACAGUCCCUCACCUCAACAGUCCCUCACCUCAACAGUCCCUCACCUCAACAGUCCCUCACCUCAACAGUCCCUCACCUCAACAGUCCCUCACCUCAACAGUCCCUCACCUCAACAGUCCCUCACCUCAACAGUCCCUCACCUCAACAGUCCCUCACCUCAACAGUCCCUCACCUCAACAGUCCCUCACCUCAACAGUCCCUCACCUCAACAGUCCCUCACCUCAACAGUCCCUCACCUCAACAGUCCCUCACCUCAACAGUCCCUCACCUCAACAGUCCCUCACCUCAACAGUCCCUCACCUCAACAGUCCCUCACCUCAACAGUCCCUCACCUCAACAGUCCCUCACCUCAACAGUCCCUCACCUCAACAGUCCCUCACCUCAACAGUCCCUCACCUCAACAGUCCCUCACCUCAACAGUCCCUCACCUCAACAGUCCCUCACCUCAACAGUCCCUCACCUCAACAGUCCCUCACCUCAACAGUCCCUCACCUCAACAGUCCCUCACCUCAACAGUCCCUCACCUCAACAGUCCCUCACCUCAACAGUCCCUCACCUCAACAGUCCCUCACCUCAACAGUCCCUCACCUCAACAGUCCCUCACCUCAACAGUCCCUCACCUCAACAGUCCCUCACCUCAACAGUCCCUCACCUCAACAGUCCCUCACCUCAACAGUCCCUCACCUCAACAGUCCCUCACCUCAACAGUCCCUCACCUCAACAGUCCCUCACCUCAACAGUCCCUCACCUCAACAGUCCCUCACCUCAACAGUCCCUCACCUCAACAGUCCCUCACCUCAACAGUCCCUCACCUCAACAGUCCCUCACCUCAACAGUCCCUCACCUCAACAGUCCCUCACCUCAACAGUCCCUCACCUCAACAGUCCCUCACCUCAACAGUCCCUCACCUCAACAGUCCCUCACCUCAACAGUCCCUCACCUCAACAGUCCCUCACCUCAACAGUCCCUCACCUCAACAGUCCCUCACCUCAACAGUCCCUCACCUCAACAGUCCCUCACCUCAACAGUCCCUCACCUCAACAGUCCCUCACCUCAACAGUCCCUCACCUCAACAGUCCCUCACCUCAACAGUCCCUCACCUCAACAGUCCCUCACCUCAACAGUCCCUCACCUCAACAGUCCCUCACCUCAACAGUCCCUCACCUCAACAGUCCCUCACCUCAACAGUCCCUCACCUCAACAGUCCCUCACCUCAACAGUCCCUCACCUCAACAGUCCCUCACCUCAACAGUCCCUCACCUCAACAGUCCCUCACCUCAACAGUCCCUCACCUCAACAGUCCCUCACCUCAACAGUCCCUCACCUCAACAGUCCCUCACCUCAACAGUCCCUCACCUCAACAGUCCCUCACCUCAACAGUCCCUCACCUCAACAGUCCCUCACCUCAACAGUCCCUCACCUCAACAGUCCCUCACCUCAACAGUCCCUCACCUCAACAGUCCCUCACCUCAACAGUCCCUCACCUCAACAGUCCCUCACCUCAACAGUCCCUCACCUCAACAGUCCCUCACCUCAACAGUCCCUCACCUCAACAGUCCCUCACCUCAACAGUCCCUCACCUCAACAGUCCCUCACCUCAACAGUCCCUCACCUCAACAGUCCCUCACCUCAACAGUCCCUCACCUCAACAGUCCCUCACCUCAACAGUCCCUCACCUCAACAGUCCCUCACCUCAACAGUCCCUCACCUCAACAGUCCCUCACCUCAACAGUCCCUCACCUCAACAGUCCCUCACCUCAACAGUCCCUCACCUCAACAGUCCCUCACCUCAACAGUCCCUCACCUCAACAGUCCCUCACCUCAACAGUCCCUCACCUCAACAGUCCCUCACCUCAACAGUCCCUCACCUCAACAGUCCCUCACCUCAACAGUCCCUCACCUCAACAGUCCCUCACCUCAACAGUCCCUCACCUCAACAGUCCCUCACCUCAACAGUCCCUCACCUCAACAGUCCCUCACCUCAACAGUCCCUCACCUCAACAGUCCCUCACCUCAACAGUCCCUCACCUCAACAGUCCCUCACCUCAACAGUCCCUCACCUCAACAGUCCCUCACCUCAACAGUCCCUCACCUCAACAGUCCCUCACCUCAACAGUCCCUCACCUCAACAGUCCCUCACCUCAACAGUCCCUCACCUCAACAGUCCCUCACCUCAACAGUCCCUCACCUCAACAGUCCCUCACCUCAACAGUCCCUCACCUCAACAGUCCCUCACCUCAACAGUCCCUCACCUCAACAGUCCCUCACCUCAACAGUCCCUCACCUCAACAGUCCCUCACCUCAACAGUCCCUCACCUCAACAGUCCCUCACCUCAACAGUCCCUCACCUCAACAGUCCCUCACCUCAACAGUCCCUCACCUCAACAGUCCCUCACCUCAACAGUCCCUCACCUCAACAGUCCCUCACCUCAACAGUCCCUCACCUCAACAGUCCCUCACCUCAACAGUCCCUCACCUCAACAGUCCCUCACCUCAACAGUCCCUCACCUCAACAGUCCCUCACCUCAACAGUCCCUCACCUCAACAGUCCCUCACCUCAACAGUCCCUCACCUCAACAGUCCCUCACCUCAACAGUCCCUCACCUCAACAGUCCCUCACCUCAACAGUCCCUCACCUCAACAGUCCCUCACCUCAACAGUCCCUCACCUCAACAGUCCCUCACCUCAACAGUCCCUCACCUCAACAGUCCCUCACCUCAACAGUCCCUCACCUCAACAGUCCCUCACCUCAACAGUCCCUCACCUCAACAGUCCCUCACCUCAACAGUCCCUCACCUCAACAGUCCCUCACCUCAACAGUCCCUCACCUCAACAGUCCCUCACCUCAACAGUCCCUCACCUCAACAGUCCCUCACCUCAACAGUCCCUCACCUCAACAGUCCCUCACCUCAACAGUCCCUCACCUCAACAGUCCCUCACCUCAACAGUCCCUCACCUCAACAGUCCCUCACCUCAACAGUCCCUCACCUCAACAGUCCCUCACCUCAACAGUCCCUCACCUCAACAGUCCCUCACCUCAACAGUCCCUCACCUCAACAGUCCCUCACCUCAACAGUCCCUCACCUCAACAGUCCCUCACCUCAACAGUCCCUCACCUCAACAGUCCCUCACCUCAACAGUCCCUCACCUCAACAGUCCCUCACCUCAACAGUCCCUCACCUCAACAGUCCCUCACCUCAACAGUCCCUCACCUCAACAGUCCCUCACCUCAACAGUCCCUCACCUCAACAGUCCCUCACCUCAACAGUCCCUCACCUCAACAGUCCCUCACCUCAACAGUCCCUCACCUCAACAGUCCCUCACCUCAACAGUCCCUCACCUCAACAGUCCCUCACCUCAACAGUCCCUCACCUCAACAGUCCCUCACCUCAACAGUCCCUCACCUCAACAGUCCCUCACCUCAACAGUCCCUCACCUCAACAGUCCCUCACCUCAACAGUCCCUCACCUCAACAGUCCCUCACCUCAACAGUCCCUCACCUCAACAGUCCCUCACCUCAACAGUCCCUCACCUCAACAGUCCCUCACCUCAACAGUCCCUCACCUCAACAGUCCCUCACCUCAACAGUCCCUCACCUCAACAGUCCCUCACCUCAACAGUCCCUCACCUCAACAGUCCCUCACCUCAACAGUCCCUCACCUCAACAGUCCCUCACCUCAACAGUCCCUCACCUCAACAGUCCCUCACCUCAACAGUCCCUCACCUCAACAGUCCCUCACCUCAACAGUCCCUCACCUCAACAGUCCCUCACCUCAACAGUCCCUCACCUCAACAGUCCCUCACCUCAACAGUCCCUCACCUCAACAGUCCCUCACCUCAACAGUCCCUCACCUCAACAGUCCCUCACCUCAACAGUCCCUCACCUCAACAGUCCCUCACCUCAACAGUCCCUCACCUCAACAGUCCCUCACCUCAACAGUCCCUCACCUCAACAGUCCCUCACCUCAACAGUCCCUCACCUCAACAGUCCCUCACCUCAACAGUCCCUCACCUCAACAGUCCCUCACCUCAACAGUCCCUCACCUCAACAGUCCCUCACCUCAACAGUCCCUCACCUCAACAGUCCCUCACCUCAACAGUCCCUCACCUCAACAGUCCCUCACCUCAACAGUCCCUCACCUCAACAGUCCCUCACCUCAACAGUCCCUCACCUCAACAGUCCCUCACCUCAACAGUCCCUCACCUCAACAGUCCCUCACCUCAACAGUCCCUCACCUCAACAGUCCCUCACCUCAACAGUCCCUCACCUCAACAGUCCCUCACCUCAACAGUCCCUCACCUCAACAGUCCCUCACCUCAACAGUCCCUCACCUCAACAGUCCCUCACCUCAACAGUCCCUCACCUCAACAGUCCCUCACCUCAACAGUCCCUCACCUCAACAGUCCCUCACCUCAACAGUCCCUCACCUCAACAGUCCCUCACCUCAACAGUCCCUCACCUCAACAGUCCCUCACCUCAACAGUCCCUCACCUCAACAGUCCCUCACCUCAACAGUCCCUCACCUCAACAGUCCCUCACCUCAACAGUCCCUCACCUCAACAGUCCCUCACCUCAACAGUCCCUCACCUCAACAGUCCCUCACCUCAACAGUCCCUCACCUCAACAGUCCCUCACCUCAACAGUCCCUCACCUCAACAGUCCCUCACCUCAACAGUCCCUCACCUCAACAGUCCCUCACCUCAACAGUCCCUCACCUCAACAGUCCCUCACCUCAACAGUCCCUCACCUCAACAGUCCCUCACCUCAACAGUCCCUCACCUCAACAGUCCCUCACCUCAACAGUCCCUCACCUCAACAGUCCCUCACCUCAACAGUCCCUCACCUCAACAGUCCCUCACCUCAACAGUCCCUCACCUCAACAGUCCCUCACCUCAACAGUCCCUCACCUCAACAGUCCCUCACCUCAACAGUCCCUCACCUCAACAGUCCCUCACCUCAACAGUCCCUCACCUCAACAGUCCCUCACCUCAACAGUCCCUCACCUCAACAGUCCCUCACCUCAACAGUCCCUCACCUCAACAGUCCCUCACCUCAACAGUCCCUCACCUCAACAGUCCCUCACCUCAACAGUCCCUCACCUCAACAGUCCCUCACCUCAACAGUCCCUCACCUCAACAGUCCCUCACCUCAACAGUCCCUCACCUCAACAGUCCCUCACCUCAACAGUCCCUCACCUCAACAGUCCCUCACCUCAACAGUCCCUCACCUCAACAGUCCCUCACCUCAACAGUCCCUCACCUCAACAGUCCCUCACCUCAACAGUCCCUCACCUCAACAGUCCCUCACCUCAACAGUCCCUCACCUCAACAGUCCCUCACCUCAACAGUCCCUCACCUCAACAGUCCCUCACCUCAACAGUCCCUCACCUCAACAGUCCCUCACCUCAACAGUCCCUCACCUCAACAGUCCCUCACCUCAACAGUCCCUCACCUCAACAGUCCCUCACCUCAACAGUCCCUCACCUCAACAGUCCCUCACCUCAACAGUCCCUCACCUCAACAGUCCCUCACCUCAACAGUCCCUCACCUCAACAGUCCCUCACCUCAACAGUCCCUCACCUCAACAGUCCCUCACCUCAACAGUCCCUCACCUCAACAGUCCCUCACCUCAACAGUCCCUCACCUCAACAGUCCCUCACCUCAACAGUCCCUCACCUCAACAGUCCCUCACCUCAACAGUCCCUCACCUCAACAGUCCCUCACCUCAACAGUCCCUCACCUCAACAGUCCCUCACCUCAACAGUCCCUCACCUCAACAGUCCCUCACCUCAACAGUCCCUCACCUCAACAGUCCCUCACCUCAACAGUCCCUCACCUCAACAGUCCCUCACCUCAACAGUCCCUCACCUCAACAGUCCCUCACCUCAACAGUCCCUCACCUCAACAGUCCCUCACCUCAACAGUCCCUCACCUCAACAGUCCCUCACCUCAACAGUCCCUCACCUCAACAGUCCCUCACCUCAACAGUCCCUCACCUCAACAGUCCCUCACCUCAACAGUCCCUCACCUCAACAGUCCCUCACCUCAACAGUCCCUCACCUCAACAGUCCCUCACCUCAACAGUCCCUCACCUCAACAGUCCCUCACCUCAACAGUCCCUCACCUCAACAGUCCCUCACCUCAACAGUCCCUCACCUCAACAGUCCCUCACCUCAACAGUCCCUCACCUCAACAGUCCCUCACCUCAACAGUCCCUCACCUCAACAGUCCCUCACCUCAACAGUCCCUCACCUCAACAGUCCCUCACCUCAACAGUCCGUCACCUCAACAGUCCCUCACCUCUCACCACACAGUCUUCACCUUCUCUCACAUCCCCACCCCCUCACCCCGCAUCCCACACUCCCUUUCCCCCUCUUCUCCCCCCUUCCCUCACCUCCACGCUCGCCAGUCGCUCCACGGCCUCGGCUUUAG